GUGAUCCUAUUCAUUCGCUCACCACUUGAUUCGUACUAUGAAGUAGUAUGAAAGCAGAGUGUGGUUUUCCUUGUGUAAUUGCAGCCAGUGGUACUGCUUGCCAAGGAGGAAUACUCUGCGAUUCUUUAAAGAUCAAUCUUCUGGGACAUUUUAGUUUUUACUCUUGCCAACCAGAAAUAUUAAGACCAAUAAUGUCGGUUCAAAGGCGGGACUUCCUUAAUCCUAAGGGCCAGUGUAGUUUCCUCGUUUGGUUUCUAUCUGAAGCGUAAUUAGAUCGCCGAGAUUUGGCGAGUUUCUGGAUGUCUGUGUCCCUUUCGCCUGCUUUGUUUUCAUGAACCGUAAGCGCGUUGUGACGCAUUGAAUAGCUUCUCUCCGGUACUGUGCACUGGGAUAUGCGCCGGAGGUUCUACCCUGGACGGGGAUCCUAAAGGAGAGGCUCCGAUUACAUUCCCAGCGCUAUAAUUAGGGGGAACUCGACGCUGACGCAAGAUGGCUAAUGUUGGAUCUUCACCGUGUAUCAGCGGGAAUUAGAGUCUGACUUAGUGGCGGCUCUUUGGGGCAUCUGCGUUUGUCGAUGGACGUGUGUAUUUCUGCGCGUUUUCAUCAUUUCGCAUUGUAGCCUCGCUGCUUUCAUAUAAAAGGAACGGCUCUGGAGAUGCAGCUGUACAGCAGUGCAUUGAUACAUUACCCUGGCUCUUCCUGCAAAGUUUCGAUCCCCAUUUCAAGUGUCACAGAUCAGGUGCCUAGGAGUACGGUCACCAGCGUCUCCGUGAUCACCAGGACUGACGGCCGAGGUGGCAUCAGGCGUACGGAAGAUCAGACAGGAGGGAGUGUAGCUGUUGAAAACAUGCCCGAUCAUUCCUGCUACGAAGCAGUACCCAGCAAACCAGCCCACUACACUUCAACUGCCGAGAUCCUCGUAACUCGCCCCAAUGGAGUCGAGCGCUCCGUUCCUAUCCACGUUAUUGUGGGUCCGAGAAACAAACUUUCGUCUUCCGCACAAUUACAACGCGCACAGCCGUCACUUGUCGACAUGAAGGGCCCGUAUGUGUCGGACAGCCAGCUGAUCGAGAACUUCAUGGGUGAGAUGGAGGGCGGGGUGGACGCGCUGGACGAGUACCGCAAAGUGCUGGAGAACAACCUGAUUAACAUGGACAAGACGUCGGCUGCGAUGCCGUGCAGAAACGGUGCUGGUGUGGGGACAUUGGACAGCGAAACCGGGGAAAGGGCGCCCCCUGGGAUAGGAGUCACUCAAGAUCGUCUCGAACACUUGGGACAUGGACUGGAUCCCAGAAGGGGUACAAGAACCGUCCAGAUCACACGGCCAAUCAGGGAGGAGGACGCGGCGUCCGCUGGAGCGCCUCUUUCAAACGAUCCCGAAAGUGCCGUGGAAGGCGAGCUGGAAGCGAGGGAUCGGGAGCCGAACUACCUGUCCGAAGUGGAGCGUCAGAACCAGUACCUUAAAGACAGACAGAAAUACCGGUUCCACAUAAUCCCUGACGGCAACUGCCUGUACAGGGCGGUCUGCAAAGCAGUUUUUGGCAACCAGUCCAUGCACAGGGAGCUGCGGGAGGAGACUAUGCACCACAUAGCCGAUCACCUGGAGGCGUUUAACCCCAUAAUCGAAGGAGACAUUGGGGAGUUUCUGAUAAACGCUGCGCAGGACGGGGUCUGGGCUGGAUACCCAGAGCUGCUGGCCAUGAGUCAGAUGCUGCAUGUCAACAUACACCUGACCACGGGGGGCAGUUUAGAAAGUCCCACGGUGUCCACCAUGGUGCACUACCUUGGCGAAGAAGACGCUUCCAAGCCCACGAUUUGGCUGAGUUGGCUGAGUAAUGGUCACUACGACGCCCUGUUUGACAGAUGCUUGCCGAACCCGGAGUACGAGAGCUGGUGCCGACAGACUCAUGUCCAGAGGAGACGGGAUGAGGAACUUGCCAAGUCAAUGGCAGCCUCUUUGUCCAGGAUGUACAUUGAACAAAAUGGUUCCUGCUGAAGAAAUAUAAUUACGACCUGGAUGCACUGUAUUGCAUCGCCUUAAUUGAUUUUCUUAGCUGAAUUUCAGUUUGCCUUUCAUUUUAUGCUAAGCCGCAACAGGUUUCGCUCCGACUGUAAGUUUACUGCUGUAUUUGUUGUUUUCAUAAGAGGAGUAGCCCAUUUGUAUGAAAUGAACCAUGAGUUUUCUUCUAGGCUGUUACUGGAGUUUUAUUUCUGUCGCUACUGUCUGCCGUGGUAGACAGUUUGAAAUAUCCGUUUAAAACCUUUAUUUAUCAUAUCCAUCAAAUCUUUAUGUGGUCUGAUUUCUGUCCUUACGAUAAAUUGUUGAAGCACUUAAAACUCGGAGUCAAACCGAAUUGUCACAGAUUAACAAUUUUGCUUAUAUUUAUCUGACUUUAAAACCAGUGUAAGGUUUUGUAUUAAGUACCUGUAAUACGUAUUUUUCCAAGUUGUUUGAUAGACGAACUUUUGUAAUGAAGAUAGCUGAAAUGUUUUUCUUUUUAACUGAGGACUUGUAUUGUCUCUGAGUAUUAAAGGCAAUUUAAUGUAAUAUAGGACUAAUGCGAUGAAAUUUCCGUAAUUUCCCAAUUAAUCUUGACCAUGUUAUCCGUGUGUUUACCUGUUGCGAUUGCAGGAGGGGGAAUUUUAUGAACCGCCAUUCGAUCGUUCUGUGUUCGUUUACAGUUCUGGAUUUCCUGUUGAACCUUCUUGUCAUGUUGAUGAUUAAUAAAAAGUAAUAUUAUACAUUUGGAUUAAAUAAAUUAAAAAUAUAUAUUUUUGCUGUAUUUUGGUGCAGUGCAAACGGUUUUUAAAUGCGGGGAAUAAGACACAAUGUGGCGUACUGAGUAAAGUCAAA